GCGCGGCCCUGGGGGCGGGCCGGGCCAUGUUGCCGGGCGCUCCCCCCUGCCCCGGAAGUGCCGUGCUCCCGGAAGCCGCGCUCCCUUCACGGUCUCUUUCCGCCGCCAUCUUGGGCCCCGCUCCCCGCACAAAAUGCCCGGCGAAGCCACAGAAACCGUCCCGGCCACGGAGCAGGAGCUGCCGCAGCCGCAGGCGGAGACAGCUCCAGCUGCCCCCGUUCCUGCUCCCAUCCCUGCUCCAGCUGUUCUUCAUGCUGCUCAUUCCCCACCUCUGACUCCAUCUCCAUCUGCCCAGGCUCUCCCAGCGCAGCCACCCAGCGCUGCUGCCCCGGCUCUGCUGGGCCCCCCGGCCCCCACCUCCCCCGCCGUGGUCCCGGCCGUGGCCAUCCCCGUGUUCUCUGUGCCUCCCCAGCCCCCUGCCCCAGCUUUGCCGGGCCCAGUCACCACCUCCCCUCCUCUGGCUCCGCCGUCCCCCGUGGGUUUUGCAGCCCCGGGAUCUCCAGGGCCUGCCCCAGUUAGCCCAGGAUCUCCAGGACUCCAGGCUCCGGUGUCCCCUGCUCUGGCUGCUGCUGCUGCUGCUCUCAGCUCUCCUGUGAAAGCUGCUCCUGCUGCUGUCCCUCUGAGCCCAGCAGGAGCUGCAGCCCCAGCCCCUCUCCCUACUCCUGGAGCAGCCCCGGUCCCCCUCCUGCCUCCCCCUUCCCAACCCCUUGUGGCAUCUCCCCCACCAAAAGUGUCCCCCACUUUCCUGCCUGCUCCCCCCGUGGCAGUGAGUCCCCAGAGCCCGGGCUCGCCCCCCGUUCCUGCAGCCCCUCUCGGCCCUGCCGUGUCCCCGGCAGUCCCGGUGUCUCCUGGCAGUCCUGCCUCCACCCCUCUGGCUUCUGUUCCAGCCUCUCCUCAAGCCCCAGCUCUGACUCAGUGCCCGGCCCUGGUUGGUGCCAUCUCUCCACCCGUCUUCCUGGCUGCCCCCAAGGCCCCCUUGUCACCCCCUAUCCCUCUGCUGCCGGCUGGGAUGUCCCCUGGCUGUCCUGCUGUCCCAGCCCCUGGUGCUCCAGUCUCUCCACUGGUCCCAGUUGGUCCAUCUGCUGCCAAGGCCUGUCCCGUGGGCCCUGCCCCAGUGGCCCCAGCUGUGGGGCACCUGGUCCCUCCCUCGGUGGCCAGGACCCCUCCUGGGAGCCCGGACCCUCAGGCAGCGCCCAUGGCAGCUCCUGUGGCUCCUGCCCUGGCCACACCUGCUCUGGGAGCUGCUGUGUCUCCCCCAGGGCCACCAGCUCCAACGAGUCCCCUGUUGCCACCAGCAGCUCCUGUGCCCGCUGUCCCCCCUGCCAGCUCCCUGCCUGUCCCACCAGCCAUGGCAGCUCCAGCCACCUCUCCUGCAGCCAAACCAGCUCCUACGAGCCCAGUCACCGUCCCAGCUGCCCCCUCUGUCCCUGUCCCACCAGCCAUGGCAGCUCCAGCCACCUCUCCUGCAGCCAAACCAGCUCCUACGAGCCCAGUCACCGUCCCAGCUGCCCCCUCUGUCCCUGUCCCACCAGCCAUGGCAGCUCCAGCCACCUCUCCUGCAGCCAAACCAGCUCCUACGAGCCCAGUCACCGUCCCAGCUGCCCCCUCUGUCCCUGUCCCACCAGCCAUGGCAGCUCCAGCCACCUCUUCUGCAGCCAAACCAGCUCCUAUGAGCCCGGCUGCUGCCCCUUCUGUCCCUGUCCCACCAGCUGUGGCAGCUCCACCAGCUCCAGCUGCCCCUCCUGCAGCCAAAGAGGCUCCCAAGAGCCCUGUUGCUGCCCCUGCUGUCACCCCAACUCCUGCCACACCAGCUCCAGCCACCCCACCUGCAGCCAAAACUGCUCCCAAGAGCCCUGGUGCUGCUGCCCCAGCUCCUGCCACCCCACCUCCCGCAGCUCCAGCUGCCCCCACUGCAGCCAAGGCACCCCCAAAGAGCCCUGUCGAGGCCACCCCACCUCCAGCUGCCCCUGCUGAGGCCAAGGCACCCCCAAAGAGCCCUGUCAAAGCCACCCCAGCUCCAGCUGCCUCCCCAGCAGCCAAAAAGUCUCCCAAGGGCAGCCCUGCCACUGCCCCCUCUGCUCCUGCAGCUCCAGUGCCGGCAGCUCCGUCAGCUCCAGCUGCCCCUGCUGAGGCCAAGGCACCCCCAAAGAGCCCUGCCAAAGCCACCCCACCUCCAGCUGCCUCUGCUGAGGCCAAAGGUUCCCCCAAGAGCCCUGUCAAAGCCACCCCAGCUCCAGCUGCCCCUGCUGAGGCCAAAGGUUCCCCCAAGAGCCCUGUCAAAGCCACCCCAGCUCCAGCUGCCCCUUCUGAGGCCAAGGCACCUCCAAAGAGCCCUGUCAAAGCCACCCCACCUCCAGCUGCCCCUGCUGAGGCCAAAGGUUCCCCCAAGAGCCCUGUCAAAGCCACCCCAGCUCCAGCUGCCCCUGCUGAGGCCAAAGGCUCCCCCAAGAGCCCUGCCAAAGCCACCCCUGCUCCAACUGCCCCCCCAGCAGCCAAAACACCCCCAAAGAGCCCUGUCAAAGCCACUCCUGCUCCAUCUGCUCCCCCAGCAGCCAAAGCACCCCCAAAAAGUCCUGUCGAGGCCACCCCAGCUGUGGCCAAGGCACCCCCCAAGAGCCCUGUCAAAGCCGCCCCCCCGGCAGUCCCGGCACCUGCCCCUGCAGCUCCAGGUGUUCCCGGUGCCCCCCCAAAGCCCCCUGCCCCCCAAAAAGCAGACAGCAGCCAUCCUGGCUCUGCCCCGGCAGGGAACCGCCCCCCGCCCACCCCUUCUGCUCCCCCCACAAAGAAGCAGCAGCCCCCCCCCAACAAGGUGGCCAAGGCGGCCCCUUGCCCCCCCCAAGCCAAGGCCCCCUCGAAGGCCCCGCUCGGCGCUGACGACGAGGACCUGCCGCCUCUGCUCCCCCCCGAGCCGCCCGUGCUGCUGGAGCUCUCCCCCCCCGCGGGGGUCCCGGCCCCCCCGGCGCAGCCGCUCAAGAAUGACAAGGGGUCUGGAACAGAGUCCGACAGCGAUGAAUCUGUACCAGAGCUCGAAGAGCAAGACUCCACACAGGCCACGACACAGCAGGCGCAGCUCGCGGCAGCGGCCGAAAUAGAUGAAGAACCCGUCAGCAAAGCAAAACAGAGCCGGAGCGAGAAGAAAGCUCGGAAGGCAAUGUCCAAACUGGGCCUUCGCCAGGUGACGGGAGUCACCAGGGUCACCAUCCGGAAAUCCAAGAACAUCCUGUUUGUCAUCACAAAGCCAGACGUGUACAAGAGCCCGGCGUCAGACACCUACAUUGUCUUUGGCGAGGCCAAGAUCGAAGACCUGUCCCAGCAGGCCCAGCUGGCAGCUGCCGAAAAGUUCAAAGUGCAAGGAGAACCUGUUUCAAACAUCCAGGAAAACACACAGACCCCCACCGUGCAGGAGGAGAGCGAGGAAGAGGAGGUUGACGAGACGGGUGUGGAGGUGAAAGACAUCGAGCUGGUGAUGUCGCAGGCGAACGUGUCGCGGGCGAAGGCCGUGCGAGCCCUCAAGAACAACAGCAACGACAUCGUAAACGCGAUAAUGGAGCUGACGAUGUAGCCGCCGGAGGGAGGAGCCUUUUUUGGUGUUUCAGAGAAGACUAAAAUACAGCUAAAUUUAAAAUUUGUACUAUUUCUAUCGGUUAAUAAAAGUUGUGGCUUAUUGUUGGUGAAA